AUGUCGAACGAACAAAAGAAAAAAGUUCUGCCAUUUUACGUGAACUUUUCAAUUGCUGGAUUGUCGGGAAUGGGAUCAGCGGUGUUCGUACAUCCAUUAGAAGUGCUAAAAUUUCGCAUGCAACUGAGUGGCGAGAAGGGUGCAACUUCGGAUCACAAAAGUUCAAUUCAUGCAAUAACAAACAUGGCAAGAAAAGAAAAACUUUCAGGUUUUUAUAAAGGCAUUACCGCGAACUUUGUAAGACAACUAAUAUUUACGUCAACUCGAGUUGGUUGCUACACAUCGCUCGUAGAUGAAUUGAAAAAACGAGGGCAAGGCACCGUGAUGAAUAACGCAAUAGCCAGCAUGUCCACCGGAGCGUUAGCUGCUUUCAUUUCUACACCCACCGACAUUGCUAUGGUCCGCAUGACAGCCGACGGGCGAUUGCCAAAAGAGAGUCGUCGCAACUACAAAAACGCGUUCGAUGCUUUGAUAAAAAUACGAAAAGAUGAAGGUGUAGUAGGGCUGUGGCGAGGGACGGUGGCGACCAUGCUCAGGGCGAUGACAGCCAAUCUAACGCAGCUGAUGUCAUAUGACGAGGCUAAAGUGUAUAUGAUGAACAAUUAUAAUAUGGAGAACGGUUUGAAGCUCCACGCCAUAUCAAGCAUGAUUUCUGGAAUUGUAUAUUCCGUCUGCUCGAAUCCAAUGGACGUGUUGAAGACUAGAAUACAACAACAGAAAAUUGUAGAUGGAAAAGCAGAAUACUCGGGCAUAAUAGAAGUGGCGUCGAUUUUGCUGAAGACCGAGGGUAUUACAGCUUUGUGGAAAGGCUGGCCUUUUUAUUAUUUACGAGUGGCACCAGGGACUGUCUUAUUAUUUAUUUUCAUGGAGCAGCUUAAAAAAAAAUAUGAAGAUAUUUUUAUGAAAGACCAGUGA